UGGUUGGCAACAAUGUGACAAGCAGUGACUGGUUGUAGGUUAGUGUUAGUAACAUUUGGAAUAUUUGUAUUUGCUGCAUUUGUAAACAUGCUUGGAUCGUGACUCUAGUCCUCUAGUGAGCUCUAGUUGAUGUUUGUGUAUCUGGUAAAUAAUAUUUAAGUGCUAAAAUGACUUCGUCGAGAUCAGAAUUUCCAUUGGAAGCUGUGAAUGUGAAUGGACCAAAUUAUCUAAAACAGGCAUUGCUGAAUUGCACAGAUCCUCUAAAAGCUAUUGAACAAUUUCAGUUUACGAAUGGAAUAUUAUUGCCAUCACUUCGGCCAAUGUUGCCUUUACUGGACUUGCAUGGAAUGCGACGGUUGGACUUCCAUACAUCAGUUGUUGAGGAACUUAGAGAGAAAUUAAUUAGUCAUAUAAAUGAAAUUGGCUUGAAACAAGGACCAGAAAGGGAUAAGAAAUUACAAGAAUUACUGGUGAAGAGCUUUCCUGUUGUUAAAGUGAAGUCACUAAGACCCAUAGUUAUGUGCAUUUUAAGAAAUAUUCCCACAAUAGAUGAUAAAUAUCUGAAAGUUUUGGUUAGAGACAGAGAACUGUAUGAGGAUACUAACACUGAGGUUAAAAGACAAAUUUGGAAAGAUAACCAGUCACUUUUUGGCGAUGAAGUUUCCCCAUUAUUAAGUCAAUAUAUUACUGAAAAAGAGAAUGUACUCUUUGACCAUCAAAAUAGUACAACCCAUUUUUUUGGUCCAUCACCUAAAGUGCGUCGGCAAGGAGAGGUAGUGCAAAAAUUAGCUCAUAUGAUAGGAACUAGUGUUAAAUUAUAUGACAUGGUUCUUCAAUUUCUGAGAACUUUAUUUUUACGUACAAGGAAUGUUCAUUAUUGCACAUUGCGAGCAGAAUUGUUAAUGGCUCUACAUGAUUUAGAAGUACAAGAUAUAAUAUCGGUGGAUCCAUGCCACAAGUUUACUUGGUGUUUAGAUGCUUGCAUUCGCGAAAAAAACGUUGAUAUUAAAAGAUCUAGAGAGUUGCAGGGAUUUUUGGAUAAUGUAAAAAGAGGGCAAGAGCAAGUGCUUGGUGAUUUAUCGAUCACGCUCUGUGAUCCGUAUGCUAUAAAUUUUUUAGCAACUUCUGCAAUUAAAAUUGUACAGCACUUGAUUAAUAAUGAAGGGAUGCCCAGAGAUAAUCCCAUUUUGAUUUUGCUUUUGAGAAUGUUGGCUCUAGGCUUAAGCGCAUGGGUAAUGAUUGAUUCACAAGACUUCAAGGAACCAAAAUUGGAUAGUCAAGUGGUCACAAAGUUUAUACCCGCUUUAAUGUCGUUAGUGGUAGAUGAUCAAAUAAGACAGUUAUCAACCAAACUGCCACAUGACGAAAGGGAAGCUGCAAUUACAUUAAUUGAGCAUUCUGGAUCUUUGCCUGAUGCAGUUGAAGCGUACAUUCAAGAGAGUCCAGUUGCUAGUAUUUUAGCCAUGUAUUAUACGCUUCAUGUGACCAGACACAAAGAUAGAAGUGGAUUAUUAAGAGUUCUUACAGUUCUAGGAAAUUGUAAAGAUGAUAGAGCUUAUGAAGACCCGUUUUUACAUUCUUUGGUGGCUUUGUUGAUGCAUAUUCCCGACGAGUUUGCGACACCAGAUUUCUGCACAGGAUUAUUUGACGAGUUUUUCUUCGCUGGUUUAACCAAAGAUAACGUGACUAGACACCUAUUAAAAUUACUUUGGUACGUGCAUCACAAGUUACCUCCAAAUCGUCUACAUACUUUGAUCAAAGCACUGCAACCUACUCAUCAACAUGGCGAGAAAGUACAUGCCUUGUAUCAAGCUUUGCAGGAAAAAAUCAAUACACAGCAGGAACCUAUAGUUACACAAGAAAUGGACAUCGAUGUUAAUUCACCUUUAAUGAGUGUCCCAACGCCAGCACCAUUUCACCAAACAAUUUAACAAGGGAGAUGCUUUCUUCAGUUGGAUUUUUUUUUAUUGUAAAUACAUAAUUUAUUUAGUAUGUGCACAAA